UGUUGUAGUGGGCAUCAAAGUCCUCAGAAUGGACAUUUUUUUGCUGGAUUUUGCUUUUUGAUAACAUGCUGGAUUCAGCCCAUUUUCUGCAGAACUUUAACUUGUGAGCUUGUUAGUGCAUCGAAGUCAUUGAUGAUUACUCAUGAUCUUUAUUUUGGUCUUGUUGUAACUUUGUAGGACUUUAACUUCUCCAGUGGAACUUAUUAAAUGCUUACGAUCCAUUAAGGAGCAUGCCUUUUCUGCAUCCCCUUAUCCUGUCAUCAUAACUCUAGAGGACCAUCUUACUCCUGAUCUUCAAGCUAAAGUCGCUGAAAUGGUUGUAGAAACAUUUGGAGACUUGUUGUAUUACCCUGACUCAGAAUGUCCAAAAGAGUUCCCAUCACCAGAAUCUUUAAAGAAAAGGAUUAUUAUUUCAACCAAACCACCAAAAGAAUAUCUUGCAGCUAAGAAUGAUAAAGAGAAGAAUGGUAACUCCCAAAAUUUGGAUGAUGAUGAAGCAUGGGGAAAGGAGGUACCUGAUCUUCAAACCGUGCUCGACAAGACACAAAACAAUGAUGAUGAUGUGGAUGAUAGCGAUGAGGAUUACCAUGAUGACAGUGAUGAUGGUAAGAGUCUGUCCCAGAGAUCACCACCCAAUUAUAAAUCUAUUAUCACUAUACGAGCUGGAAAGCCCAAGGGUGAAAUAAGUGAAGCACUAAAAGAUGAUCUUGAUAAAGUUAGACGUCUCAGUUUGAGUGAACAACAACUUGAAAAAAUAGCAGCAACUCAUGCGGCAGACCUAAUAAGGUUUUCUCAUAGAAAUUUACUCCGGAUAUAUCCAAAGGGUACCCGCUUCAAUUCUUCUAACUACAAUCCAUUCGUUGGCUGGAUUCAUGGUGCUCAGAUGGUGGCAUUUAACAUGCAGGGAUAUGGAAGAUCACUAUGGUUGAUGCAUGGAUUUUAUAAAUCAAAUGGUGGAAGUGGAUAUGUAAAGAAACCUGAUUUCCUGUUGACUGUUGGCCCAAACAAUGAGGUUUUUGAUCCUAAAGCAAGUUUACCCAUAAAGAAAACCUUGAAGGUUAAAGUAUACAUGGGAGAUGGUUGGCGUAUUGACUUCAAAAAAACUCAUUUUGAUUCCUACUCCCCUCCAGAUUUUUACACAAGGGUGGGAAUAGCUGGUGUUCCGGCAGACACAAUAAUGAAGAAAACGAAGAUCAUAGAAGAUAAUUGGACUCCAGUUUGGAAUGAAGAGUUCAUCUUCCAUUUGACCGUGCCUGAAUUGGCCUUGCUACGUAUUGAAGUCCACGAAUACGACAUGUCAGAGAAGGAUGACUUUGCAGGGCAGACUUGCUUGCCUGUAUCAGAGUUGAGACUAGGAAUUCGAGCAGUGCCACUCUUCGAUCGCAAAGGAAUCCAAUUUAAUUCUGUAAAGCUUCUUAUGCGGUUUGAAUUUGUCUAAUUAGUCGAAAGGGUAUAUAAGUUGGUUUCCCACUUUGGAGUUUAGAUUUCAAUGUAAAUAUGUAAAGGAUUUUAUCCAGGUUGGCUUUAUGUGAAGUAUAUUAUGCAUUGGAGCAAAUAUUAUCUUAAGAAAGAAAUUUGAGUGUAAAUUUACUUUUGUUA